AUACCCACAGCCUACCGCAGCUGAUUAGCAAACUAGCCAGAGCUAGCUACUUGCUGACCGUACCGUCGACGAGCAGUGUAGACUGUGAGCACGGACAGCGAGACACAAAGCUACGUGAAUGACAAGAAUACCGCAGUGCUGACCUGCCAUGGGCAAGGCUUGCCGUGCGGUAAUCUCAGUGUGACGCGGACCCAUCUUCUCCCAGCAUGGCUGUGGCUAUGAACAUGGCGGUGGAGACGGAGAAGGCCCAGGCCCUGCUGCAGACCUUCAGCACUGCCUCAGUGGUGGCCAGCACGGGCCUGGGCGUCUUCUGCUUCCUCGCUGACCGCUUCCUGCAGCUCUCGCUCAUCCAGAACCACAUCUGGCUGAGAGCGGCAACAGACAACGCAGUUCACGCUGCCAUUGCACUGUGGUCCUGGGCCAUCGUCAUAGGGCUGAGGAAGAAGAGCGACCUCUACGAAGUGGCGCUGGCUGGAUUCCUCGCCUCAGUCAUAGACCUUGACCACUUCUACCUGGCUGGAUCUCUGUCUCUCAAAGCAGCUCUGAACCUGCCCCACCGGCCGCCGCUGCACUGCUCUACCCUUAUCCCAGCACUCUGCCUGUCCCUCCGUCUGCUCAUGUGGGCCUGCCGGCUCAAGGACUCCUGGUGCUUCCUGCCCUGGAUGCUCUUCAUCUCGCUGGCCUCCCACCACGUGCGGGACGGGGCACGCCACGGCCUGUGGGUGUGCCCCCUCGGGAACACCAUGCCCGUCCCCUACUGGCUGUACGUGGCCAUCACUGCCACCCUGCCGCACCUCUGCUCUGUGCUCAUGUACCUGACGGGCACCAGGGACGUGAUCUCCACUAAGCAUGGCAUUGCCAUCGAUGUCUGAGCCCAAACGGUAGCGGCACACUGAUACAGCAGCCGCCACAGACGUGGUUUGCAAAAAGUGCAACUCUGUGUCAGGGUUUCACUCCUCAGUCCUCACCUCGUGCCACCCCCACUUACAUUACUUUUCCUCUGUGCCCUAUUUUCUUGGAAUUGCACAGCUUCUCUGUAAUUGCCCUUACCUUUUGUUUCUAUGUUGCAAAGCUGUGCCUGUCAGGUGUAUGAAAAAUGGUUGCCAUUGGAGAUUGUUACAGUUAGUUGGAGUUGUAUCUGCAUGUCCAGUUUUUGGGGGUAAAUUCAGUGAAUAUGCACUGCCGAAUGAAGAAUCCCAUACAGAAGGUCAGUAAAGGGGUUUUUCUUUCAUGAGUGGAUGGAACCAAUGGAGACAUCACCACUUCAAUAGGUAACUCUUUUAUUUUGUACAUAGUGUGAAUUAGUGAAACAGCGUUGAUCAGCCAUCAGCUCUCCAUGUCAUAUUUUCACAUCUAAGAUAUCCAGGGAAAAGACCGAAACUCUCCUGUCAAGUUUAAGACACUCAGCAUUUAUACAACAGAAAGAAGUGUGAUGAUUCAAACAAUCAUUGAUUACCUCAGUAAGAGGUAGAGAUGGGUUGCCAGCUGCCAUAAUUUGACUGUCA